ACAUCCCUAUUUGACGUACGCCUUUUCAAAACAACACAUGUUUUGCGCGUAUUUGUUAUUUAAUUCCACUAAUAUUACCCUGAACAUUUAAUAAACGUGCUUCAAAAUGCCGAAAACUAAAAAGAAAUUCAUAGAUCGUAAGAAAGCAGUGACUUUCAACUUGGUACAUCGUUCACAAAGGGAUCCUUUGGCCGCAGAUGAGACAGCCCCGCAAAGGGUUUUAGUUCCCGUCAGUGCUAAUAUACCACAGAAGAAAGAAAAAGACCCAGAUCUAACUCCAGAACAGAGAAGAGAGGAACAGAUCAAGUAUGGCAUCUACUUUGAUGACGACUACAACUACUUGCAACAUCUCAAGGAUUCACGAGAAGUCACACUUGUUGUGCAGCCGAAACCAAUCCACAAACGUAAAGAGAAAUCUGCAGCUACAACAGAGGAAGGCACAAUUCCUGUGACAGAAGCACUGAACCUGCCCAGUUCUGUGUUCGCUUCAGAAGUUGAAGAAGAUGUUGGUUUACUGAACAAAGCUGCCCCACAAGGUCUCUGUCUGGAUUUGGAUCCUGAAGUGGUGGCCGCUUUGGAUGAUGACUUUGACUUUGAUGACCCUGAGAAUGAAUUGGAAGACAACUUCAUUGAUCUUGCUAUGGCUGAAGGUGGUGAGGGAUCUGAUGAUGAAGACUAUGAGGAUGAGGAAGACGGUGACAGCAUGUCAGACGACGGCAAUUCUGACAAGGCGUUCGCGUCAGACCUCGAUUCUGAUGAUGAUAGUGAUUCUGGCGACAGAGCUACGAGAGGAGUCCGCAUGCCGAAUUGGGACGCGCGUGACAAAGAUGACACCAAGUCGCGAUUCUCUCAGUACUCCAUGUCUUCAAGUGUCAUGAGACGCAACCAGGGCUUGACACUGCUGGAUAAUAGAUUUGAAAAGAUGUUCGCCGAAUACGAUGACACAGAAGUAGGCGCUCUAGACCUGGAAGAGAUCGAGGGUUUCAUGCCGGAGACACACGACAUGCUGCUGCAGGCUGCAGAGCAUUUCGAGGAGUCGCAGCGACGCUACCAGCUCGACAAGGAGAGGGAGAUCGCUAGACUGAACCGCCUACAAGAAAUAGCAGAGGAAUCGGAAGAUGAUCUGGUCACGGUGGACGCGGACCCCAAAGAGAAAUGGGACUGUGAGACCAUACUGUCUACCUACUCCAAUAUAUACAACCAUCCUAAACUCAUUGAGGAGCCUAAGAAACCCCAAAAAAUCCAGCUGAACGCCCGAGGCAUACCCAAGGACGUUCUGGGCAAAGAUAACAAGUUGACCGUCAAAUCUCUCGCCAAGUUCAACGCCAUGCAAGAGGGCGCCGCUUCCAGUGACGACGAUGAAGACGGCAGAACUAAUGCCGAAACUGUGCUGUCUACGCUCAGCGUACUUUCUAUACGGCCUAAAGACGAGUCCCCAGAAGAGAAGAAAGAAAGGAAACGCCUUCUCAAAGAGUAUCGGAAAGAGAGAAGAAUUGAGAAGAAGGCUAACAGAGAAGCUUUCAAGGAAGAGAAGAAACGCCAAGAGAAGAUUAUGAUGAACAACAGAAAUAAUGUUCAGGGCAACAGGAUAUUGUAGUUAUGUAUAGAAAGUAGAAAUAAAUGUAUGUUAUUGUAUAA